UACAAGUCUUUUAGCUAUAUAUAUAUAUAUAUAUACACACACACAAUACAGACCAAGGCAAAAGCAUAUUCAGAGACAUCCAUCCAAAAUUGCUCAUGGGGAGUUUGAUGAUGAAGAAGGUGUUAUUCUUAAUCUUGAUUGUUGCUGGAUCAAUCUCAUGUUCUCUUGGAGUUGAAUUUGAAAGAUUGGCUUGGGGAAAGGGAAGGAAAGAGAAAAUCGCUUGUCAACUUAUUAGAAAAGCAAAUCCUAGGAGGAGUAGCUACUUCGCUUGUGAAGAUGUCAAGAGAAACCAUAUGAAUGUGAUGGGAAAGUUCUCCACCAAAUAUGAAAAUCUGAUACCUACUGGUUCCCAGAAAAUUGUUGAUGCCAAUUUAAGAUACAAUCAGAUGCCAAGACUACACAAACGACACAUAUAUUUGGGGGUUACUCCUUCUACUGGGUGGUCUCCUGGUAGUCCCAGUCAUCGUGGUGGAAUUGGUUGAUUAGUAAGUGUGGAGGAACAGUGUAAGAUCGAAAUAAUGGUCUAGAAUCUAUAUAAUGUAUUUGAAACUCUUAAUCAUCUAUAUAUGUAUAUUCCACAAAUAAAUAAUUUAGCACAAUAUGUGCUAAUUUAAAUACAGAAAUUUUAUAUUUUGCA